AUGAAUUUGACCAACUGUACAAGAACAGUAGAGUUUAUCCUUGUUGGAUUGCCAACUAUUUGGGAAAUGGAAAGUGUGAUAUACGCUGGUAUCUUUCUGCUCUACCUCCUGUGUCUGAUGGGCAACGGGCUCAUCAUUGUGAUGGUAAUUGUAGACCGCCAUCUCCAGAAGCCCAUGUAUUUCUUCCUCAGCAACCUUUCUUUCAUUGACAUUGGACACACUACAGCCUUUAUUCCUAAACUGCUAGUCAAUUAUCUCUCUUCAAAGAAUUCCAUCUGUUUCUACUGCUGCAUAACACAGUUGUACUUCUAUUUUCUUUUUGGGGUCACAGAAUUUUUUAUCAUGACUUUGAUAUCCCUGGACAGGUAUUUAGCCAUCUGCUAUCCCUUGAGGUAUGCUACAAUCAUGACUUCUGGGGUCUGCCUUAAACUAGCAGUAGCAGCCUGGUUUGGAGGCUUUUUCUCCAUUCUUUCCCAGAUACUGAUGAUAGCAAAUCUACCCUACUGUACGUCCAACAUUAUCAAUCAUUUCUACUGUGAUGUGGGACCUGUGUUGAAGAUUGCAGGAGGGGAUAUACGAGUUAUUGAAGCCCUUGGUUUCCUCCUUACUGUGGUUGUGAUUAUGUCCUCCCUGCUUUUCACCCUCAUUUCUUACCUCUUCAUCAUCUGCACCAUUCUCCGAAUGCCUUCAAACACCAGACAGCAGAGGGCCUUUUCCACAUGUGCUUCCCAUCUGAUUGUAGUCUGCAUUUUGUACGGGUCAGUCUUUUUUGUCUAUCUAAGACCUACUGUCAAGAACUCUUCCUUCAGUAUGAUGAAGUCUGUCUCCGUAUUGUAUACAAUGGUUGCCCCAGUGCUAAAUCCUUUCAUUUACACCAUUAGGAAUAAUGAAGUCAAGGGUGCAGUGUAG